AUGGGAGGCGGCGAGGACGCAGCGCAAGCCGCAAAGCCUAGCAUCGCCAUCAGGGAGAUCGGUAGCGAACGGCGCCGCAAGGCUCACUCUAUUCCACGUCAUCGUCGGUCGACACUCGCCAGACCCCACGCCUUGUUUCUCGACUUCUCCGGACAGCAACCUUCUCCUUCUGCCGCGCGCUUUUUUGCGUCCUUGCCGCCCGCCCGCGGCCGUCGCCCAAUGUCUCAGUCUCCUCCCAACCCGCCGGCCGAGGCGGAGCCGCUGUAUGGCGGCUUCACGCGGUUCGAAAUCGAGCUCGAGUUCGUACAAUCCCUGGCGAACCCCUUCUACCUGAACCACCUCGCCUCCCAGAAGCUGCUCUCGGAGCCGGCCUUCGUCGAAUACCUCAAGUAUCUGCAAUACUGGAGCAAGCCACCGUAUCUCAAGUACCUGACCUACCCCGGACCGACCCUCAAGCACCUCGAACUACUGCAGCAGGAGCGGUUCCGGCAAGAGAUCAUCUCGCCCGAGCUUGUGCAUCUCCUAGCGGCGGAGAACCAGAAGGCGAGCAUCGACUGGCACAAGGAAGAGUGA